AUGUGGAAGCUAGCGAAUCUAAGCCCAUUACCUAAGGAAUCUCCGUUAACCGAAUGUGAUCAAUUGAGACCAAUAUCGUUGACUAAUGUUAUUAUGCGACUCUUCGAAAGGAUCAUAUUUCAAGAAGAGAUUCGUCAUCCCUCAAAAUUGAUUAUCUGUAAGAACCAGUACGCUUAUAGGGAAAACUCGAACACUACUGCAGCUCUGAUAAAGUGCCAGCAUCAUUGGCUAAAAUGGUUAGACGAUAAGGCUAACUUCAUUCGGGUAAUAUCCUUCGAUUUCAGUAAAGCGUUUGAUAGCGUCCCCCACGAUAUUUUAACACAGAAAUUGAAAUCAACAAAUCUUAAUCCUUAUAUUAUCAAUUGGCUCAUUAAUUUUAUAUCGUGUAGGAAACAGAGAGUUACUGCAGAUGGAACUGUUACCAAUUUUGUUAAUAUCAACAGAGGAGUACCUCAAGGUACAGUUCUUGGCCCCUUCUUAUUUUCGUUAAUGGUCAACGACAUUGAAGCCAAACAUCCACAAACGAACAAUUUGGUCAAGUUUGCAGAUGAUUUAACAGUGAGUGUUCCUGUCACAUCGUCUGGUGACUCGGCUUUGGACGAGGUAACUAACAUUGAGAGUUGGGCAAGCAACAAUAGAAUGAAACUCAACUUUAAAAAACCUGGGAAAUGUUACUAUGUACUCGUUCACCUGCCAUACCUCCCCCCCCUUAUUAAUGGAAUACGACGUAAAAAAUGGUUAAAACUACUUGGUGUCACCUUUCAAGAAAACCCACGUUGUUGGGACAAGCAGGUAGAUAGCUUGUUGUCAAAAGCAGCAAGUCGAAUUUACAUCCUGAGAGUUUGUAAAUUCUACGGAUAUUCACUAAAUGAACUUACUAAAUUGUUCGAUUCAUUGAUCCUGUCGUUAUUUUACUAUGCAAUUGAAGUAUGGGGAUCGGCUUUGCAAGCGAAAUACAUUGAUAAAUUCAACAAGUUUCUCAAUCGUGCAUUCCGAUAUGGAUACACUCAGAAUAAAUAUUCAAUGGCCAAGAUGAUUGAGGAGAGGGAUCGAUUAUUGUUCAAUAAG